UUACUAAAAAAAAUAUGAGAUAUUCGAAAAAUUCAUAUAAUUGAACAUCCAAAUUAAAAAUGCAAUCUCUUUCUCUCUCUCUCUCCUCACCCUCUCAUCUUUCAUUCUCUCUCUAACCCUCUUGUCUUUCCCACCUCUGGCAGUAGUCCCCUCCUUUGGCAGCCCUCUCUCAGGCAAGUUUGAGCUUUAUGCAUCAACAGCAUCAGAAGGAAUAGUCGCAGUGAGCCUCCUGCAUCUGCCUCCUACACCACUAAGAUCAGCAUCGACGUCAUGCUCGUCAAGAGCAUUCCUCGUCAUUUUAGUUCUUUGUAGACAUGACAACAGACAGAGGUGUCAUGAAUCGGCUUCGUGGAUGGGGUAGAGGGGUGUCUACUGAAACCUGUUGGACUUCUUGAUCAUCGCCCUCUACUCCAACUACCCCUAGAACGUCACCGGCAAUUGGAGCACAAGAUUAGCCUUUCAUCAUGGUCCUUAACCCCAAGUACGUGGCUCCUUCUACUGCGCCACCUCCGCCCCCAGGAAGUCAUACAGCUGCUUCUCCUUUUGUUUCACCAUGAAGACAAAGGCCAGGCUAUCUAAGUCGUUGGAUCGUGAUGUGACGACGGUGGAGUCCUUUAAGUAUACUCACACAUUGCAGGAGAAUAAGGAGAGAUUUGCUUAUCAGCAGUCUACGAAUCAUUAUGAGUCAUACACGAAGAGUUUGGAAGCUGCAACCCAGCAAUCUCAGCAUACUGGAGACGACGGCAACAACUCCAUUACAUUAAUCAUCGAUCCUGACAUAGUUUGGUGCAAGAUAGCAUCUAAGCCAUACAAGAAUCGCGUCUACGAGUUGGGAUCAUUCUUCGCCGACAACUUCCGCACCUCCACAUUGAGACAUUCAUCCGCCUUUGCCGCCAGCCGGCCCGUCGAUCCCGAGGAUGGCGUUGAUUUGGGGGAACAUGUGUUGGAGCUCACCUGGAGACUUCACCAACAAGCCCAGUAGCUGCAGCAGUUUGAGAAGAGGUAUCAAGAGAUUCUCACACACAUGUAAGAAAUAAAUUGCCUCAGGCUAGAGUGGUGGCGGGAGCUAGAGCGGCUUUAGCGGAUGGAGCAAUAGAUGACGAUGUACCAAGAUCAAAUGCGCACCAGUGGUAGCGGCACUGCUAGUGGCAGUGGCACUGCUGGAGGUGCACCGACAUCACCACUUAGUCGGCGUCAGCAAGACCAGGGAGAUGACGAUAACGACGAUCAGGAUCUUUAGUGAUUAGAACUUUGUUCUAGACUGUUUUAUUGUAUUUUAUUUAUUUGACUUUUUAUUUUA